CCGUAUAUCUCUAUAAUACACUUUCCAUAAUAAACUACUGUCAGAGAGUGUGUUCUUAGAAUAACAAAAGCGAGGAGGGAAAUGCUAUGAAUGGAUUGAACCGGACAAGAAAAGUGCAAAGAGGGUUGCUUCCUUGGAAGUGCGGGGUUGUAGAUUUUUUUUUUCUGUGGUCGUGGAAUCCCGUGCUUGUUGGACGUGGAGCGUAGCUGGACUCCGCUGUAACACCAUAGAGCCUCCGUGUGUUUCUUCACUUCGCUUGAGUGAGCACAGCCCGUGUCCUAUGUCCGCUGGAAUUUGGCCGGCCAACAAACGCACUGCCGUAACUCGGUCACUGACUGCCGGUGUCAUCCGACCGUACGCAAUAACUCCCUUGUAGUCUUUCUUCUUUAUAUCUUCUUUUUCUUCGGGGACUCUCUAUUGACGGGCCGGCUCGAGAUAAAGUCUGUGUUGUUUGUUAGUUGGUGGGUCGGCCGACGAUCGAGCGAGAAAGCUUCAACGUCUUGUGAGAGACUGGCCUCCUCAGUUCAGCCGCGGCGCUCGGGUUUCACCACAACCCAACAAACAGACUAAAACAUCUGUAACCAAACAGCAACUGGCAAUUUGAGACCCUGACAGCUAGUCACCAUCACUCAAGAGGGAGAGAGAGAAAAAAAAUCUCCCUUAGAUUUCCAGAGGUCUUAAGUUCCUUCCUUCAGCCGUUGCCGAAAGGUACACCGAUUUAAUUACGGCGAGUUUUGCUCCGAGAAAAUUACCUGGGCGGGUCUUAUAGGGAGUCAGUCACGGGGAGAAGACGGGGCGAGACUCCCGACGAUCCCGGUUGAGUCGAAUCAAGACAGCUUGGUGUGUUUGGUCGGCUGUUUUCAGCGAGCUUGCACCCCGAGGCUCCGUACUCUGAGCCAAGCUCACCGUGUCUCCGCCAGCCAGCGCACGGGGACUUUUGGCAGCUCAGGCCCCGGCCGGCUCAUCAGUGUUUACGCUCGGAGCGAGGGAGGGUUUUUCCCGCGAUAUCAUCGGCAGCCGUCGGACACUGAUUGGGCCGAACUCAUUCUUGUGGUCAGUCUUCCGGUCACCACAACUCCGUCAAGACAAUUGUACCCAACUCCCUUCACUCGUGUGCUUCAACUACACUCACUCUUCACUCGAUCACUUCAGUGAAUACAACAUCGACUUAACUCGGCGCUCUCAAUUGACUGACCGCACAAUAUAACGGCCGCAGUCACCAAAAAAGAGAAGGUAGAUUACAGGAAUUACUUCCGAUACAGUGCAACAACGCCAACAGUCGAUGCUUAUCGCCAGCCAAAAACCUACCGGGACAUUUGGACCGAACCACCCGCUGAAUUUCCUGCGAUUCACGGUGCUUUUUUUAUUUUACCUCUCCACGGCCGUUUGUGCUGCAUCCUCAGGUCCCUCCACGGUGCUGUAAACAAACUUGAAAGUCUCCCUCCGUCGGUGCGCAGGAACUGUCUUUCUGGUUAACCUUAUACACAGUUUACUUCAGAGUCUCCAAAUGUCGACUGGAAUAAUUUCGUCCACGCGAUCUCCGCCUGACCACACUGUGACCCAUAAAGAUUUUUCGUCGCACAACGGAACUGGAGCAUACCCGGCUCACGGUCACAGCGGGGUCAACCAGCUCGGCGGUAUGUUCGUCAACGGCCGGCCGCUCCCGGACUCCACGCGGCAGAAGAUAGUGGAGCUCGCCCACAGCGGGGCCCGGCCCUGCGACAUCUCCCGGAUCCUCCAGGUCUCCAACGGCUGCGUGUCCAAGAUCCUGGGCCGGUACUACGAGACCGGGUCCAUCCGCCCCCGGGCCAUCGGGGGCAGUAAGCCCCGGGUAGCUACCCCGCUGGUGGUCAGCCGAGUGGCCCACUACAAGAGGGAGUGCCCGUCCAUCUUCGCCUGGGAGAUCAGGGAUCGACUGCUGGCUGAGAAAGUCUGCACGCAGGAAAAUAUACCCAGCGUUUCCUCCAUCAACAGAGUGCUACGCAGCCUGGCUGCCGAGAAGAACAUGGGCCACGACGCCAUGUUUGACAAACUGCGCAUGCUCAACGGCCAAUGGCCGCGGCCGGGCACGUGGUACUCGCCCAACGCGGGCAUGCCGGGACAGCACAUGCAGCCCAUGAACCACGUGCACGAAGUUGAAAGCAGCUGCAAGAAAGAAGGUGACGUGGACCUGAAAGACGACGACAGUGAGGAGGCACAGGCUAGACUGAGACUCAAGCGGAAACUCCAAAGAAACAGAACUUCCUUCACGGCCCAACAAAUUGAGGAACUUGAAAAAGAAUUUGAACGAACCCACUAUCCUGAUGUUUUUGCACGAGAGCGCCUGGCACAGAAGAUUGACCUACCGGAAGCUAGGAUACAGGUGUGGUUCUCCAAUCGCCGGGCCAAGUGGCGCCGGGAGGAGAAACUGCGCAACCAGCGGCGUCAGCAGACCGAGGCCCCGCCCCAGUCUUCCAGCCACCUGCCCAUCAGCAACCUAGGCGGCUUCUCCAACAACAUCAGCGUGUACCAGCCCAUUGCCCAGCCCUCCGCUCCCAUGGUGCCCCGCACCGCUGAGAGUUACAGCGCCCUCCCGCCAGUGCCCAGCUUCAGUAUGGCCACCGCUCCCAACCUGAACGUGCAGCCACCGAGGGAUACCGGAAGUUACCGGAGCAUGAUGGGAUCGGUUUCCCAUGGCUACCACCACGAGUCACUCUAUGGCACGCCCAGCCAGCAUCACGCCAUGCAGUCCCAUCACGUGCCCCACUCCACCCACGGCCAUAUGCAGAGCCACCACAUGAACAGUGCUUGCAACAACGGUGCAUUCUCAAGUCUCAUCUCCCCAGGAGUCUCAGUUCCUGUGCAAGUCCCAGGAGGAAACUCCGGCGAUUCCCACUCCUCCCAAUAUUGGCCUCGUAUCCAGUAGACACCACCCUGACAAGUCGCCUACACGUAGUCACCACCUAUAGACAGCUCUGCUCAUCCAAGACUCGGGAUGGAGGUUGAUUUUGAACCGAGGAAUGGAAACGAGGUUGAUGCGGCAGCGAGAACAUGAACCGAUCGCCAGCUGUUAUGACCCAUUCAAAGGUCGAGGUUGUCGUUGCUACGGUAAUGUUUGAUCUCGCUUUUGGGACAGUGAAGUUGGAGGAACUGUAGAUAUUCUGUGUUUCUGUUCAAAUCGGCAAAAAUAUCCUCUAGCUUUCGAUUGAUCAGAAAGUUAUGUCCCGCGCACAGGACGAAGGAUUGCGAUACAAACAUUCCAUAGCAAAGUAUCCACAGUGAGAUGACGCCAGGUCAAAGGUCGUGGAUGACGUCAUGAUUUCAGUCAGGCAAGUACAGGUCAGCGCAGGUGAACUCCAGUGUUUCGAGAAGUCUGGAAUGUGUAACUCUUAUUACGUAUCGACGGGUGAGCACAUGCAGAACACGCCAUAAGUGCAACACACGUCUAUUAAUGCCGCUAUAUGAUAGGGCAAGUGACGUACCUGCUUCGGCAUCGUUUCUGUUGGGCUCCUAAACUCAGAAUCGAUAAUGAAGAGUCGAUUUGUUUGGCAAGUGAUAUUUACCGGCCAAAGUGGAAAGAUGCAGAGAAAUACAAUUGUUCAACGGGGAUUCAUCAUUCAAUAUCUGCCAGUGUUUAAAAACGAGGCUGAACAGUUCAAAACGAGGCUGACAUGUUAAUUAAAAAAGGCUGACUGUAUUGUUCUCAGAGAUACUCUUGAAUCCGAGAGGCUGCUCUUGAGUCCAAAUCUCGCCUUGACACACGAGAAUCGGCGGGAUUCCUGUAGGCUCACUGUGUGUAGGCUUUCGACCGAAGGAUAAUCAAACAAGUUCUGUGUCUGUUACAGGCCACCGUAUUAAGUCCACUACAACUGAGAUAAUGAAAGUCGAAUCUCACCGACAGAGAUUUUUUGGAAAUUUUGAUUUGAAAAUCUUACUUUCUUUUCUACUAUCUCAGGAACGUUUUUGUCGUCGCGGUGUUAAAAAAAUAUAAACAUGGGAUGGAUGAUUUAAAAAAAAUUGCCGAUUCUUGUAAAAUAUUUGGUCUUUCGUCGUCUUGAUAAGCGUAUUGAUUGGUACAUUGUAGUCUAGCAGUAGUAUGGCAAACCGAUUCUAUCUGAAUUAGAAUAGUUGCAUUCACUGAUAUGUGGUUUUAUGGUAUCGAGUUACAGUAAAGAAUAUCUGAUGUAUUAUUAACAUGAUUCGUCUUUUUUGUAUCUUGACCUCGCCAACCGAUUUUGUUUUCUUCUGGUUUUGUGGUAUCUUUAAAUUAUAAUUUGAUUAUUGAAAUGUGUAUUGCCCUGAUGUUUUGAGUCUGAUUGGGCCGCUUGUCGAACAAAAAGUAACUUAGGGUUUUUACGGGAUAUAAUUUAUAGAGGGUUUCGUCGUGGAUGAGAUAUAGCUUUGUGUGUUAUGGUAUCAUGAGAGUAAUCAAUGUGACUUCGACUAUCUGAAUUGCUGAAUGCUGAACCAUUUUGUUUGCAUGCCGACGCCCUCUAGUGGCAAGAAAUGAGAGACACUUUCACGAUUUUUUUCUUAUACACCAGUAAAACGUAAAAUACCUGCCCAACAGCCUUUUUGAAGCAUGGCACGCGCAAUGGGAGGCGGCUAUUUUUUGGAGUGAGUAAACUCUAUUGUAUUUACUCAAAUUGUACCCACUUCAAAUACCGCCCUCAUGUUGCAUCUGCCAUAAUUAAAAAAGGACGGUGGGUCGUGUUGAAUUGCUAGGAGAAAGGACGCCCUCAAUAGGCAUGCACGCAGCGGUGAACAGAUAUUGAGAUAUACGCCAUUUUCCACUCUGAAAUAUCACUUUGUGGCAGUUUAAUAUGGAAUUAUUCGACUAUGAUAAUGGAUUACUAAUCGUAAAGGUGCAUACGCCGACCGACAUUCCUUGUGAGCUACGCAGGUUUAUUUUGAUGUAUAUUAUGUAAGAUUUAUUUUAUGAUUGAUAUGACUUGCCCGCCAUUGUGACGUAAAAUCUGCGCUUACACCAGCGUGUCCUUGUAAUGAUUUGUUUGAUGAGGAUAAACUCACCGUAGUUUGAAACAAGUACCACGAGAAAUCACUACAGAGAUGAAUAAAUAACAAAACAAGUUUUUCUUCUUCCCUUGGAGCCUGUGA